AUGCUCUUUAGAGUUUCCGGAAAUCAGAACACAGAUGACCAGAAACAGAACGAGGUUGAGGAAUGUAGUGAUAUCUCUCCUUUCAGAAAUCACAGAAUGUGCCGUGUCCGCACAGUAUUUCUCAUCGCAGGUACAAUGUGCUUUGGCGUGUUACUUGUGGGGAUUGUUGGUUUUGUUCCCAUGUAUUUCGUCACUUUUACAGAAGCUAUGGAUGCAACUCACCGGGUUCACGCGCAUGCCGUCGAUAUGCUCUUAGCCACAACCAACAUCUCGACCAUGUAUUUACCGACCCUCAUCCACGCCAUCUCGGCUAAUUAUGCUCUCACGACGAACAGUAGCAGUGAUUUCUUCCCUAAAAGUAAGGAAAAACUUUUAUUUGCCAUGUCAAAUGUCAUUUCGAAGAAGCUAUGCCGUGAAAUUGUUGGCCACCUUAUGGUAGUAGUAGCGGGUCCGCCUGAAGAGGAAUGGGGAGUUCUGGCAACUUCAGUGUUUGAUGGCGACCAGAUCGGAGGUUCCGUAAUGCAUGGGAUGUCAACCUCACCGAUCUACCGGAUUAACCCGGAGAUAGGCGGCUUUGUUUUUCCUCCCCGCAACCUGACAUUGCGCAAAUCAAAUUUGAAAUCCAUUUUGACCAACGAUAAUGGUUCUUACAAGGCCAUUGCUGUACCAUGGAAUGCAAGUACAUCGCAGGGUGUAAUGUGUAAUACGCGUUGGUUCACAAGCGGUGUUAGUUACUCACCCAUGUAUUUUAAGUAUGUUCUUCCAUUUGUUGUGAACAAUAGCCUUGGGUUUUGGGAAGUUGCCUUAAAGCCGUCAGUGCUUGCUCAUUGGGAGAGACUCUCAUUGUCCAGAGCGUUGCGCAACAAUGGGCGUUUGAUGCUUCUUGAUUCUAAAAUGGAUCUUGUUGUGCUAAACAACUGGGGGCAGCAAUGGAAGAUCAAGACCGUCGACGGAGGUCAGUUUGAGGUGCAUCCCCUCCAUACUCAUAACAUCUCAGACUCACUUGCGCAGGCAGCGAUAGGGAAAGUGCACCGGGGCGGUGGCUUUGCGAGGUUUAUGAAAGAAACGGAUCGGAGUGAACUGUCGUUUCAAUACAAGGGUGAUAAAGCCUAUGCGCUAAUCAUGCGACUGACCGAUGACACCAGUUCAGAUAUAUUGUUGGUUAUUGUUACCCUUCAAGCUGAUUUUUUUUGGGCACUUGACCGGUCAAGCACCUACGUGGCUCUUGCGACAGGGCUUUCAGUCAUGAUGGUUGCAAUUUUUGCCGUGUCAAUCGCCUGUUUUUUGGUAAAACCUAUGCGAAGACUCGCUCCGGAGUUGAAACGGGCAGCAAACCUGCAAUUACGUGGGCAAGACGACAAUAGCGGCGUCUGGAAAAGGUCCAGAAUUGCCGAAAUUCGGGACGUUCAAGACGCCUACGCUGAACUGACGCGUCAGCUCACUAUUGUCAAGACAUUUGUCCCUGGUGCCAUCCUCGCUUCCCCAGCCACCAGCUGCUGCAGCAGCAACAGCAAUGCCCGCAAAGAAAAUUCCUUUUCUAGGAAAAAGCGGGGAUUUCAAUCACACUCGUCUUCUCAACUGCGGGAAUCCCCAAUAAAUAGUCGAGCUGAGAUGGUGGGGAUGGAACACAAUUGUUUUUCCAAGGUGCGACAAGAGAUGUGUUUUAAUAGUCGUGUUUUCAAGGAACGGACUAAUACGUUUGUUCGACAGUACUGCACCAUGGUACUCAUUGAAAAUGCCCAGCCCAGAUCUCUUGACACCUAUUUUGAUAACAUCUUCACAUGCGCCACAGAACAAAAUGGGUGUCCGGAGUACUCGCGCCCGGACAGGACACUCGUGAGUUUUGGCGCUCACUCACCACUCCCUAUGCACGCCAUAAAAGGGUGCCGUUUUGCGUUUGAGCUUUUUUCCAAACUCUCGUCAGAGGAGAAGCAGACGAUUACUCUUUUUAUUGCAACAGAGGAAUUUCAUGUGGGGACUUGUGGCGCACAAUCUAAAAAUGCCCGUAGUGUGGUUGGUAUCAUGAAUCUGCGUGAAUUGGCAAAAGCGGCGAAUCGACUGGGGUGCCGCAUUGCGGCGACAUCUGGGACGGCGUCGCAACUGCAGGCACAUCAAGCGUACCCUAUUGAGUGUAUUCUGCCAUCGUCUUCGUCAGAGGCAGUGGUGCUCUUCGAGCUUCGACCCGAAACGGCAGGGUGGCAGACGAUGAGCACACCGAUGCACUUCCGUCUUGGGUUUGCGGCGAUGCGUCAGGGAAAUUACAAGCAGGCCAUGUCGCACUUUCAACGAAUAGAAAAGUCGGAUCGCCAGACAAAGCGUCUUAUUCGUUUAUGUGCACAACGCUGUGCCAUAAACGACAACACAAGUUACGUGCGAUCGGCAAGCGACAUUUUACAGGAAAGGCUGCCAAACGUGAGUGUUGCUGCAGCACGUGAGUUUGGACCUACAGCCACAUAUUUCACUGAAACUACCUUUUGCAAGAUAGUAUCAAAUCCCAAAACUAUUCCUUCCGUUUCCUCCAGAGCUUCAUCUCAUAGCAAAUGCCUUGAAAGUGAGAGUGGGGCCUUGUUUGAGUUGUUGAAGGUUUGCAGUUCGUCAUCAUCAGCAGCAGCGACGUCGUUACAGGCAUGUGAGGAAGUCGGCAACACCGCCGACGAUCUCCCACUGUUACUAACAGAUAUGAACAAGCGAGUAUGGACCAGGUCACUAAAAAAAAUUAGUGAGGGGGCAUUUAGUUCUGUGUACCUUGGGAUGUCGGAGGAUGGCGUGCAAGUGGCUAUCAAAUGUAUUCCGCGGCUGCGUCGAGACAUUAAGCAGGAAUCGCUAGAGGCGGAAAUGAACAUUGCCUCCACGCUUCGUCACCCGAACAUUGUUCAAUACGUGUCCUGCAGCGUGAUUCAGUCUCAUCUUGCCAUUAUUAUGGAGUACGUGCCUGGUGGCUCGUUGCAUGCCGUGAUCAAGAACUUUGGGCGCAUGGGUCCGUUAGUUGCACGUCGAUUUACGGUGGAUAUCUUGAAUGGUCUUAACUAUUUGCAUGGGCUUGGUAUUGUGCAUUGCGAC